ACAACAUUUACCUAAGUGGUAAAGCCACAGACUGUCAGACAGCUCGGCCACACAACCAGGGCUGUUUUGUUCUGUAUCCAGUAAUAAUUAUCACAGCCGAACUCUCACAGGAUUCUGGUGCGUUAUUAGGAAAGGAGAGGUCGUGGAAAGCCCCUUGGGACGGCCGCCAUUACUUUUUAAAGCCGCACAUAGUUGCUCUGGGGGGCGGAGUGUCCGCGGAGUGCUGCGCCGAUUGGGGCGCCCGCUUGGAGGAAGAGAGAUGGCGUGCUUGUUGGAGGCCCCUCUCCGCAUCAGUGUUCUGUCUGAAGUCACCGCCACCAGUCGCCAUUAUGUUGACCGACUUUUCGACCCCGACCCACAGAAAGUGCUGCAGGGAGUCAUUGAUAUGAAGAAUGCUGUCAUAGGAAACAACAAGCAGAAGGCCAAUCUGAUUGUCCUUGGAGCUGUACCGAGGUUACUUUACCUGCUUCAGCAGAGCUCGUCCAGCCUGCAGCUGAGGACGGAGUGCGCCGUGGUGCUGGGCAGUCUGGCCAUGGGCACCGAGAACAACAUCAAGUCCUUGGUGGACUGUCACAUCAUCCCCACCCUGCUCCAAGGUCUCCUGUGUCCAGACCUGGUCUUCUCUGAAGCCUGUCUUCGAUGUCUCAGAACUGUCUUCAUCAGUCCUGUUACGCCUGUGCAGCUGCUGUAUACAGAUCCCACUGUGAUUCCCCAUCUCAUGUCUCUACUGAGCAACUCCCAGAGAACCCAGGAGUACAUCACUCAGAUCUUCUCCCACUGUUGUAAGACCCCAGAGCACCAGACGGUUCUUUUCAACCACGGCGCCAUCCAGAAUAUCGCCCCUCUGCUUAUUUCACCCUCCUAUAAGGUCCGGAUGCAGGCGUUAAAGUGUUUCUCAGUCCUGGCCUAUGAGAACACUCAGGUCUCCAUGACACUGGUGAAUGUGCUGGUGGAUGGUGAGCAGCUCACUCAGGUAUUUGUUAAAAUGAUGCAAAGGGAUCAACCCGUUGAAAUGCAGCUAACAGCAGCCAAAUGUCUAACCUACAUGUGUCGAGCAGGUGCCAUCAGAACAGACGACGGAUGCAUAGUACUAAAGACGUUGCCCUGCCUCGUGCGAAUGUGCAGUAAAGAGCAUUUACUGGAGGAGAGAGUGGAGGGUGCUGAGACACUAGCCUACCUGAUGGAGCCCGACGUGGAGCUGCAGAGGAUCGCCAGCACCACCGACCACCUGGUGGCCAUGUUGGCCGACUACUUCAAGUACCCCAGCUCUGUGUCUGCCAUCGCUGACAUCAAGAGGCUGGACCAUGACCUUAAACAUGCACAUGAGCUGAGACAAGCUGCUUUCAAGCUCUACGCCUCUCUGGGCUCAAAUGACGAGGACAUUCGCAAAAAGAUCACAGAGACGGAAAACAUGAUGGACCGAAUAGUCAGCGGCCUAUCGGAAUCCAGCAUUAAAGUGCGGCUGGCAGCGGUGAGAUGAAGGAAACUGAACUUGAAGGAACCGUGUAAAUGCGCUGAACCAAAAUAGUGCAUGAACCCAGAAUUAAAGGUGUCUUCAUAGUCUUUCCCGGUCAGUGCAGCAACUAAGGACCAGCUUUCAUGAUCACGCUGUGUGGAAGCCCCUCAUGAAG